CCCCGACAUGUAGCCAUGCGCUUCGUAUCGAGAAUCGAUCGUGAUUUGUUAUUGCAAUGAUAUUUUCUGAAUGUUGUAGACUGUAGUUGAGUUUGUUUGAAUGUGACUCGCGGAAUAUACAAAAUGGAACAUUUUUAUGGCAUAAUGUACGCUGUUUUCCGCGGGUGUAUAGAUAGCAUAAAAGGUACUGUAGGAAUAUUUAUUCUGGAUAAGCAGAUAAAAGAAAAGGCAUCUCAGAGUACACCCAAGAAGGAAGCUACGCCCAGGAGAAGGGAUUCCUCUAGAAAAGAUGAAACAUCGAAAGUGUCUUCCAAAGAACCAGAGACAGUUUCCGUGUUAUCUCGGGCACUACAGUGUUGUGCACUAAAUGGUGUUGUGUUUUUAUUCAGUAUAUUUCUUUUUGAAUGUGGGGUGCUGCCGUUUUUGAGAUUCUUCUUGUCCAUACUCUUCGGCCAUUCGCCAGACACAGAAAAUACUGUCUGGUCAUGGAUACAUCCAAUACUCACUUGGACAUUCAGCACCAUGUGGGUGUUGCCUCUUUUCUUGCUAAGCAAGAUUGUAAAUAGCUUGUGGUUUCAGGAUAUUGCAGAUUCUGCGUACAGACAUACCAGAGGUCGUCCACAAAUGUUGAGUAGUGUCAGCAAAUUGAUUGCAGACCUAUUAUUCAGCAUAUUAGUACAGGCAUUGUUCCUUGUUCAGAGCAUGCUUGUGAGCUUAUUACCAAUAAUGUUUCUCAAUGAACUACUGAGCCUAAUUCACAUGUGUAUGCUAUAUUCUCUAUAUUCAUUUGAAUAUAAGUGGUUAAACAUGGGCUGGGAGCUACACCAGCGUUUGAAUUUCAUGGAAAACAACUGGCCAUACUUUGUGGGUUUUGGUCUGCCUCUCGCAGUACUCACUGCAUUGCCCUCAUCAUUCAUUGUAAGCGGAUGUAUAUUUUCUAUGGUAUUUCCUAUGUUCAUAAUAAGUGGCAAUGAAGCAGUGCCAGUAACUGGAGUCUGUGAUUAUCCUCUGCAGCUUUUCUCACCUGUUAUAGCAAUAUCGAAUGCACUAUUCAACCGUACUAUUGGGACAAAACACACUCCAUCACAAGCACAGAGAUGAUCACUGGCUUCAAGUGUUCCAUCUAAUAUACAUGUACCAGAAAAUGUACUGAACUGUGUAAUUAACUCAAUUUUAAAAGACAGGUGUUUUAAAAUUCGUUUUAGUGCUACUUCAAAUUAUUUUGAAAACAUAUCACAGUUGCUUGAAAAAGAGAGAACUUUCAGGUUUUGGGCUUUAUUCGUAGCGAGCCCAUUCGGAAGCAGAUCAGUUUUGCAUAAUUUACAUGUUUUGCUUUAUAAUUUCAUUGAUGCAGAGUUAUGGUAUUGUAAGCAGUACAAUAACAGUGGUGGAGAAGGAACUAGUUUUUCCUCUUCUUUUCCUAAGAAGUGUCUAAGUGAUGUACAAUCUGUGAUUUUUUCCAAGUAAAUCAGCACAGGGAGAGAGAGAGAGUGUUUUAAAAGUUGUGAAAUUCUAGUCAUAAGACUUCUCCUUUUUACUCUUGUGUUGGUGUAUACUCUGAUGCACUGCUCACAGAUGUGCAGUGAUUUUGUGCCUCAUUGACAAAUUUUUUGCAUAUUGUUUAGUUAUACUUUUAUACUGAUAUUGAUAUGGAUAUAAAAUAUAUACAAA